ACUGGUGUUGAUCGUCACUACAAGAAAACUACUUUGCUCAUCAAAGCCUUUAAUUACAAGUUUCGCCUUGAUUUGGAGCUCAAUUCUCACUUGUUAGCCCCUAAUUUAGUUCAAAAGCAUCUGCUUCAAGAAGGUGCCCAACAUAUCUCUACACAGGAAUACGAAAACUGCUAUUACCACGGCACGAUUCGCGAUUAUCCGGGUGCGUUGGCGGGCUUCAGCACUUGCAAAGGAAUUAGCGGAAUGAUUCACCUUCACAAUGAAACGUUCGUUAUCAGCCCCUUUGUUGGCGGCGAUCUCUCGCGACGCCAUCCUCACGUGAUCUACCGUUCCUUUGGCGCCGACCCGCACCCGACCAGUCACACGUGCGGGAACACUCGCCUCCACGAGUGGGGCUUCAAGCAGUACCGACAACGGCCGCCGCACAGUGGCGCCCUCAGGGCUGAUCCACCACCGCCCGGCGAGUCAUUCGGUGGAGCCGAUGAACCAGUGCCCAGUACCUCUUCCUCUUUUUCUUCCCCCUCUUCCCCCUCCUCACCGCAUUUCACCUUGACCACAACGCCUUCAAACGCACCCUCAACCUUAUCUCAUCAUCUACACUCAUCAUCACCACCUCAGCUGAGCAACACUCUGAUGUCGAAGACUUCACGCUUUGCUUCCGUUUCAUCGCUUGCACCGCCACCUCAACUGUUGCCUCUAAUGGAUAGCAUUGUUGCCUCCAGCAGCAGCAGAAGCGAAAGCAGUAGUAGCCAGAAGGUGAAACGUGACGUCCGAGCAGUGGAUAAGUUCAUCGAGCUGGCCAUUGUUCUCGAUGAAUCGAUGUUUAAGGCGCGGAACAACACUCGCGUCAAUGACGUGGUGAGCGACGCCUUUCAGAUCAUCAACAUCGUCGACCUUUACUUUCGGCUGAUCAACACGCGCGUCUCCGUGGUGUACAUUGAAACCUGGGGCUUCGGCAAUCAAAUUGACGUCAGCGAUGAUGUCAGACAGACGCUGCUCAGCUUUAUGGAGUACGUCUCGAGGAAGCUCUACAAGGUGGAGAUGGAUGCGGCGCAUCUUCUAGUUGGUCGACCAUUUCGAGCGGGCGAGGUUGGCAUGGCCGUGCCCGACAGCAUCUGCACGGCGAAGGCAGUGGGCGUCAGUCAGGACAGCAACAUCUACGAGCCACAUCUCACGGCCAGCUCGGUGACGCACAUGCUCGGCCACAACAUUGGCAUGGGCCACGAUGAGGACGCAUCACAGUGCAAGUGCAACGACUGGUGGGGCUGCAUCAUGGCAAAGAACAUCCUCAACGACGAUCGCAUUCAGCCGUACCACUUUAGCAAGUGCAGCAUCGACGACUACAACAAUGCCCUGCAGAUUGGCCACGGCAUCUGUCUGCUGAACAAGCCGAAUCAGCUGGAGGACUUUCGCUCCUGUGGCAAUGGCAUCAUCGAGGAGGAGGAGGAAUGUGACUGCGGCUCAUUUGACGAGUGCAUGCAGAAGGACCCUUGCUGUGAUCCCAUCACCUGUAAGCUCAAGGUCGAGGCGGAGUGCUCCUCGGGGGCCUGCUGCAAGGACUGCAAGCUAAAACGACUGGGACAAAUCUGUCGGACGGCCGCUGACGAGUGUGAUUUGCCGGAGAGAUGCAACGGCAAGAGUGGCGAGUGUCCACCAGAUGUGUACAAGAAGAACGGUCAGUCGUGCAAGGAUGGCAUCGGCUUCUGUUACAACGGCGAGUGUCCCACACUGGACCACCAGUGUUCAGUCAUCUGGGGCACCAAUUCGCGAUCCUCGGAGGCAAUCUGCUACUCUCAGUACAAUGGCCAGGGCACCAAACAGGGCAACUGCGGACAGGACACCAACGGAAAACACGUCAAGUGCACCGCCGGGUAA